AUGUCAGAUAAAGAAUUAAAUAAAUCGAUACAAAAUUUAUCAAUAAAUUCAUCAAUGAAUUCAUCAAAUUCUUCGGCAUCUUCAGUUUCAACACCAAUAAAUUCAACUGAUCAAAGUCCUAAAUUAAAAUAUGAUAAUUUAAGUCCAUCAAUUUCAAGUUCUAAUCAUAUGCAUCAAUUAAAUAGUGAUGUUCAAGCAAGAAUAUUAGCAUUUCAACAGAAAAGAAGUAAAAAUUUAGUAAAGCCUAAUGAUGAUGAUAUUUCAAAACCUUUACCUCCAUUACCUAAUCAACAAAUACGAUCUUUAUCAUCCAAUGAUGCUAAUGAAGUACUUACAUCGAAACUGGAACAAAUUGAACAAUCUUCCAUUAAGGAUUCAACUUCAACAUUUACAAUUUCUAAACCAACAACUCCGGAUUUAGUUAAUUCAGAUAUAUCCAAAAAACCUUCAUUAUCUCAAAGACGUAAUAUGAAAUUAAAUAUCAAUGAUUUGAAAUCUCCUCCAACAUUAAAUAGUCCUCCAUUAAAUUUAAAUGCUAAUAUAAUUGAACAACCAGGUUUAGUUAAUUCAACCGGUGAAUUGAGUAGAAGAUUAAGUGAACAUCGUAAGAAGCCUAAUUUCAAGUUAAAUUUGAAUGAUGAGGAAAAAACCAUAAAUAAUUUAAAAGCAAAAGAUCCUGAAUCGGCUCAAAGUAGUAAUCCCGGAUCUGCUGAUACUUCAACCAAACCUGGUGGAUUAUUUGCUAAUUAUUCAAAAUAUAUUGAUAUUAAAUCAGGAUCAUUAAAUUUCACUGGUAAAGCUUCAUUACAUUCAAAAGGUAUAAAUUUCUCCAGUGGGGCAUCAUUUCAUAUUUCCCUUGAUCAGUUACAAUUCAUCGAAGAAUUAGGUAGAGGUAAUUAUGGUACAGUUACUAAAGUUUUACAUAAACCAACAGGAGUUUUAAUGGCAAUGAAAGAAGUAAGAUUAGAAUUAGAUGAAUCUAAAUUUACUCAAAUCUUAAUGGAAUUAGAAAUUUUACAUAAAUGUCAUUCACCUUAUAUUGUUGAUUUUUAUGGAGCUUUCUUUGUUGAAGGAGCAGUUUAUAUGUGUAUUGAAUUCAUGGAAGGGAGAUCAUUAGAUAGAGUUUAUGAAAAAGAUGUUGGUAUUAAAGAUGAAAGUUAUUUAGCUUAUAUUACCGAAUCCAUAAUAAGAGGAUUAAAAGAAUUAAAAGAUACUCAUAAUAUUAUUCAUAGAGAUGUUAAACCUACUAAUAUUUUAGUAAGUAAAACAGGUAAAGUGAAAUUAUGUGAUUUUGGGGUUAGUGGGAAUUUAGUAGCAUCAUUAGCUAAAACUAAUAUUGGAUGUCAAAGUUAUAUGGCACCUGAAAGAAUAAAAUCAUUAAAUCCUGAUGAUAGUACUUAUUCAGUCCAAUCUGAUAUUUGGUCAUUAGGUUUAACUAUCUUGGAAAUAGCCAAAGGUAAUUAUCCAUAUCCUGCUGAAACUUAUGAUAACAUAUUUUCUCAAUUAACUGCAAUGGUUGACGGUGAACCACCUAAAUUAGAUGCAAAAUUAUAUUCUAAAGAAGCUCAACAUUUUGUUAAAUCAUGUUUAAAUAAAAAUCCUGAUUUAAGACCUGAUUAUCAAACUUUAUUAAAUCAUCCAUGGUUAGUUAAUUAUAGGAAAGUUGGAGCUCCCGGAUUUGAAGAUUUUGUUAAAGGCAGAAUCGAAGAUAUUCAUAAUGAAUCUUCAACAAAGAAAAAACCUACUGAAAAUGUAAGUAGUUUAUUAAAGACCAAAGUUAAAGCUCCUGCUUUACAUAGAGGAGGACUUUUCAAUAAUAAUAGAAAUUUCAUACGUCAAUGA